GCUUCAUAUGGAGGAAAUCAAGAAAUUGUACAAAUACUAGUCGAUAAAGAGGCCGACGUCAAUGCCCAGGGCGGAUACUACGGCAACGCUCUGCAGGCUGCUUCAUAUGGAGGAAAUCAAGAAAUUGGCGGAUACUACGGCAACGCUCUAUACGCUGCUUCAUAUGGAGGAUAUCAAGAAAUCGUACAAAUGCUAGUCGAUAAAGGGGCCGACAUCAAUGCCCAGGGCGGAAAGUACGGCAACGCUCUACACGCUGCUAUAUCUAGAGGAUAUCAGGAAAUUGUACAAAUACUAGUCGAUAAAGGGGCCGACGUUAAUGCCCAGGGCGGAUACUACGGCAACGCUCUACACGCUGCUUUAUCUAGAGGAUAUCAGGAAAUUGUACAAAUACUAGUGGGUAAAGGGGCCGACGUCAAUGCCCAGGGCGGAGUCUACGGCAACGCUCUGCAGGCUGCUUUAUAUGGAGGAAAUCAGGAAAUUGUACAAAUACUAGUCAAUAACGGGGCCGACAUCAACGCCCAGGGCGGAGUCUACGGCAACGCUCUGCAGGCUGCUUCAUCUAAAGGAUAUCAGGAAAUUGUACAAAUACUAGUGGAUAAAAGGGCCGACGUCAAUGCCCAGGGCGGAUACUACGGCAACGCUCUACAGGCUGCUUCAUAUGAAGGAUAUCAGGAAAUCGUACAAAUACUAGUCGAUGAAGGGGCCGACGUUAAUGCCCAGGGCGGAGUCUACGGCAACGCUCUGCAGGCUGCUUUAUAUGAAGGAUAUCAGGAAAUUAUACAAAUACUAGUCGAUAAAGGGGCCAACGUCAAUGCCCAGGGCGGAGUCUACGGUAACGCUCUGCAGGCUGCUUCAUAUGAAGGAUAUCAGGAAAUUGUACAAAUACUAGUCGAUAAAGGGGCCGACGUCAAUGCCCAGUGCGGAUACUACGGCAACGCUCUGCAGGCUGCUUCAUAUGAAGGAUAUCAGGAAAUUGUACAAAUACUAGUGGAUAAAAGGGCCGACGUCAAUGCCCAGGGCGGAUACUACGGCAACGCUCUACAGGCUGCUUCAUAUGGAGGAAAUCAAGAAAUUGUACAAAUACUAGUCGAUGAAGGG